UGAAAGUCAAUGUCAGCCAGUUCAAAAUUUCGUGUUGCGUCUGACAGACGCUUGUUCAGAUUAAUUAAAAGACUAUCGCAAAAAUAAUAAUAAUAAAAAAAAAAUAAAAAUAAUUACAAGUUUUUUAAACUAGAUCUAGAAGAAAUGCAAGAAAAGUCGAUAAAAUAACGUCCGGACAUGCGCCGUUCGAUAACGGAAUGUGCCCAAGCGCAGUUUAAGCGGGACUUCUUCUGAUUGGCAGUGGCCGUAGCGCCUUAGCUGCCAUGUUUUGCUAAUUUUUCUAGUGUGUGAAGGAAUUUUGUCAUUUAACAUCCGCCCUUAUGUGUAAGGCUUAAAAUUACAAUGGCGUUUAACAGAAUCCGAUUCCAGUACUAAUAACACAAAUUAACUCAAAACAUUUAACAUUUUCUCACCGCAAAGAUGAUUGGACAGCAUCCUCAUUAACAAUGUACUUGAACGAGGAGAGCCUGCAAACAAUUGUUUGGCCACCUAUUAGAGAAAAAGUCUCUCUAAAUCCUCACACCUGCACUGCGCCUCUACCAUUUAUUUUUUAAUCAUAUUAUGAAGUACCCUCAAGUGGUGUCAAUGCCUUCGGCGGUCUCCAAUUGGCUAGAUGAACAGUUGGAAGCUCGUGGUAUCGAUGCAGUAGUGUACACUCGUUACGUGCUCAGUUUGUUACAUUCGCACACAGUCGACGUCCUGUAUCCAGACGAAGAUUUGGAAUUUUCUCAUUCGAAAAAGGAAGUUAGAAGAUCCAACAGAAGCUACAUAGGAUCGCACAGGUCCUCUUCUGAUUGGUGGAGACAUGCACAUGCCGACGCUGAACGGAUCAAACGUUCAGCCGCUGUCGAGUGCCUCUUGUCCGCCUCCGAACAGAAUUGUGAGAUAGAAUCUCUGGUCGACGAACUCUGCGAAAAACUCAAGGAAGUGAACGACGAUUCCGCAUUACCCGCACCGGCUACCAACAGCACCACCACAUCAUCCAGCACAUCCGCCGAGGUAGAUCCAGGAACCAAAGACGCCGAAUCGAACAAGAAGAUCACGCCGCAAGAGCUGGCCGAAAAGUACUACGCCGCCUUUCCCCCUCUCUGCCCUCAGUCGCCCUCCGAAUCGAAAUUGCUAUCGCUGAUACCCAAGUGGAGGAACGUCACAACGUCCUCUUCGACAACGACCUCGCCUGUCAAGAAGAAGGCCGCCAAGAAGGUCAACAAGCAGUUGAGUUUUUGCGGGAACCGAUCGUACCUUAAGGAAAGCAACGACACCAUGAAGGCGCGCAGCCAAAACAAGCAGCGUUUCAACUGCCUGGGUAGGUCAAAGAACAACAACAACAAUUUUCGCAACAACGCUGCUCUCGGCAACUGGGACCUCAAUUUCUUCACCACCACCAACAACAAAAAGCUGACAUCUCUUAAACAAAACAACCACAAAGAGGACCAAAUGCAGGAAGCGCUCGAUCAGUGCAUCAAUAUCGGUAAGGACAUCUGGAGCAACGAGGACGAGAUGAACAUGUACGAUGAUUUGCCCGUCGAUAUCAAGGAUUUGUUAGAUUCGCCGACUCCCCACGAUGAUACCGUCGAAAUGAUGAACAUCGCUAACAUGAGAGAUACGGGCAAAAGGAGGUUCAUACCGUACGGGACGAAUAUUAUGGGUAACUCCAUCUGGUCCACCGACCAGGACGUCGCCUUCGACAAUAACUUCAAUUCAUCAAUCGACGAUUCUUCGAGCACCAACACCAACGAUCUGGCGCUGGACUUCAAAUUCAUCUCAAUCGACAAUCCGACCAUCAACUUCGACGACUGGCCGCCGGCCGAUUCGUCCGCUGAGAACGAAACCAACACCCUUUUCGAGACCAAGAACCGUUGCAGGCGGAGUUUGUUCCUUGACGAGUUCAGAAGUCUGCCGGGCGAGUGGAGAUCACCAAGCACAAACGAGGAGGAUAAGGACGUGGACGAGGAAGAGGAGUGCUUUGAGAACGAGAAGCUGAUGAACCGGAUGGCGAUGAGCUUGUUGAAGUUAAACCACGACAAAGAGAAGAGCGGAUUCGUCGAAGUCUCGUCUGGUGCCAUUCCACGGACUCACUCUUAUAAUCCUUUCGGCAAACGGCCCAACAACGCAUUCACCUUCACUUCGAAAUUCUCGUAUUCCGACACCACGGACAAGGAAGAUCUCCUGCUAUCUGGCCGUACGCACUUUAAACCUAUUUGCGCAAAAAACGAACUUUCGGCUCAUCACUUGAUGUACGCCGACGGCUGUUCGUUCCCGAUUUGCAAUAAUCUUGAUAAGGUUGAUUACAAGAGAAGCGAAACUGGCACGCGGUUGUUGGAAAACGAAUUUGGUCAAAGCAAGAAAUACUUUGAAUACAAGAUGAUGGGAGAUUUAUGGUCGAAGUCCGAACCGGAAUUCGUUUUGAAAUUCAGUGUUUGCCAGAACGACAAGUCUUGCCAGACCGACGACUCUAAAUUAGAUUUUGAGGCCAUCGAAAAUUGCAAAUUGUUUGAGGGAACGAUGAACGUUUGUAUAUCACCGUCUCCCGACGUCGUCGACGGCUGCUCCUGUCCCGAAGACGCGGAAUCCCUACAUUCGGACAUCGACAAGAACAAGGACGACUUUUUAUUUUACUCGCAACCGGUGGCGCGCUCAGAAAGUAUGCUCAGCGAAGUCGUUUGGAAGUACGAGGAGAAGAAUUGCGACAAAUGCAGCGACGGCAGCCGUUCGGCUUGGAGCCGAGGCGGCGAUUGGUCGUCUAAAGGGCAAAUGGAUUCCGAUUGGGACGAUAACGGUUUGAGAAGCAUCUGGGGCGGUGGAGAGGUGUGUCAGAAAUGCCUGACUCAGAACGCCUCAGACAACCAACCCAAACGGCCGAACCGUCAGCUUCGCGACGACAUCAGUCAGGACGGCGAGCAGCUGCUCUCCGAUCUCUCCUCCAUCCAGAAAACUUAUAUGGACGAUCUGCCGCUCCUCGCCGAACGCUCGCUCGAUCUAUCUGAGCUCAUCAGCGCCACGACCGCAUCCGGCGGAGCGACGUCCAAGGAGCGCAAGCGACGCCAUUCGCUCAUCGUCGACUACAAUCCCGAUUCGUGGAGCUUCGCUUCGCGCCUCGAAGAGGACUGUCUCAUGCAAAUGGCGGCGUUGCCCGAUCUGAGGGCCGUCACGCUUUAAAUGAGAAUAUCCGAGGGGCCGGGCGAGAGCGCGUCUGCGAAACUCGCGCGUACUUCGAAAGAGGAACGACGAAAGCUGAUAAUAGUUUUGCCGCGUCGAUAAGUUAAGAGUUGUAGUCGCUGUGACGGUCGCAGUAAAUUUUGACGGCGUUUUUAUGGCCUUUAAUCAUUGACAAUUUGACGAUUUACAGUUGACAACUACUUACAUGAAAUAAUAGACGGGGUAGAAAUUUAAAUGUAUUAAAACGUUUGAUAACAUCGAUUGGUUUGACGUUAGCAGUUUCAUUAACAAGUGACAUAUCUGUCAAAGAACUCUUCAAGCUUCCAAUAACAGAAUUAAUAUUAUUAAGUCUGCAAUAGUAAUUUAAAUGUACCAAAAUGUUUAACAAAUAACAGAUAUGUAGUUAGACAUCAAUCGGGUUAACGUUAACAGUUUCUAAAAUCGUUGACAAGUGACAUAUAUGUCAAAGAACUCUUCAAACUUUCAUUGUCAGAAUUAAUAACAUUAAGUCUACGAUGGCUAUUUAAAUAUACCAAAACGUUUAAUAAGUGACAGAUAUGUUGUUAGACAUCAAUCGGGUUGACGCUAGCAGUUCUUAAAAUCAUUGACAAGUGACAUAUCUGUCAAAGAACUCUUCAAGCUUCCAUUGACAGAAUUAAUAUCAAAUCCGCGAAGAUCAAUAGUUGAUGUUUCAGCGUUUUAAAAUCAUUCACAAGUGACAUGUACUGUCUCACAAGUGACAUGUACUGUCAUAACUUUGUUAAACAUAAAAAAUCGACUAUGAUUUAUUAAACCUAAGGUUCUCGACAUUUUUUAAUAAUAAUCCCGUUUUUUAUUUUCUAUACUUUUUUAUGUAUAUUUAGUUGUAUUCAAUUUUUAGCUGACUUAACAUUUUUUUGCUCAAAAUCAGUAACUUCAACACAUGGAUAAUUUCGACUUUGGAAACUUUUCGUAAUAUGUUACACGUUAUUAACAUUAACUAAGUAGUUCAUAUGUACAGAUCUCGAAUUAACUAGACUAGAAAAACUGAUUUGAACCAAAUAUGACUUCAUAAAACUUAAUUUUUACUUUAAUUAUUUUGGAAAAAGUUCAAUCCUAAUAAUUGAUUCCAAACUCAGAUAAUCAUUCUGAUUCUUUAAAUAUUCUUAUAAGUCAAAGAAAACAAUUGUAUCGUUGUUAAUAAUAAACUACUUUGACGUUUAAUGUCUUAUUGCAGAUACGAACUCGGAAUGACAUUUUUAACGUCAUUCGAUCAAGUAAUUUGACAUUGACAUUCGCUAAACAUUUUGUUCUAACAUAAAUGACAAUCCAUACGAUUUUUUUUUUCAAAAUUGACAACAACUACGUUACCAACUUAUUAAACGAAUUCAACUUUUGACGCCUUGUUCAAAUGUCAUUUCAAAAUGGCCUCCGAAACGCUACGAAUUGCGACCGAUCCGUUGUCGACAUAAAAUUUCUUUUAACUUGCACCAGUACAGUUUUCGACGUUCGACUUUUUGGGCGCCAAAAAGUGGUGCGCUGAGUUUCGCUGAUAGCCUCUGCCCGCCUUUGAGGUUAGUUUAUUGGCUUUGGAUUUUACAAAUAAAUAAAAAGCGGCAUGCAGCAUCGUGAGCGUCUGUCGAAAUGCAAAAAAAUCGACGCGCCCAUACAAUACGACUGCCAUAUUAGUUUCAGUGCAGCAAAAACGUAGGGGGCGGUAGCGCGCACACAUGCAGCGUGGCCCCCUUACGAAGCGAUCCUGACAUGCCGCGCGUGCGCUCUCCGCUUUUACAAUAUUUAUUAAAACAAAAUGGAACGAACCAAGUCGCGCCGCCACGCUUUCGGGGCGGUGCGCCCCCCUAACCGGCUUUUGUUACGUUGUGCACAUAUUUAUAUAUAUAAAAAUUAUAUAAAUACUUGAUUUAGCGAGAAGUAAGUUUACUGACGUCCCACGCACACAAACGGGGAGGUAGCGGCAUUAUUUUAUACUAUUAUAUAUAUUUUUUUUGUUUUCUGUUAAUUGAUCGCGACCCCACAUACCUCGCCGCGCGCUCGUGGGCUUGUAAACUACAUUUAGGUGGUUAACGAAUGUUUUUUUUUUGUUUUGUUAACAAGUACUUUUUGCUCGAUAUAACUUUUUUAAUAAUUUUAUAAGUGUAAAUCUCGUCCUUCCCCCCCCCCCCCUAGAAAUCCCCACCCCUCUCGCUUAGACGAGUCCCCGUGUUUCCCCCUACGUCCCCUUAGAAAAUCCCAGGUAAAAAUCAAGUCGUCGGUCUCGAAAGGUACGCCCAAUAAAACCGCUUGGAUAAUUGAAGGUUUAUUUCGAAUUGGUUUAAAUUGAUAGGUAAAAGUGCCACAUAAGUUUCGUUUAACCCUGUAUGUCUGUCAAUUGGCGCUAAUAUGUGCUCGAAUUAACUAUCCACGUACAUCGAUUUCAAUUGGUCAUAAUUAGUGUGUCUAUUAAUUCUAAAUAGCGAAUAUGUACAUCAAUUAGUACUAAUUAGCUUAUUUAUCUCUUUUAGUCCUAAUUAGUGUAUUUAUACGUCAAUUGGUCUUGAUUAAUUUAUGUAUACGUCAAUUAUUUCAACUUGCUAUAUAAAAUGGAGUUCAACCAAUUCUAUUAAUUAGCAUUUACAUUCAAUCAGUAAAAAUAUCUCAUACAUUGGUUUCAAUUGGUCAUAAUUAGUGUAUCUAUACAUUAGUUCUAAAUAGCGGAUUUAUAUGUCUAAAUAGCGUAUGUGCAUGUUAAUUAGUACUAAUUAGCGUAUUUAUACGUGUAUUUGUCCUAAUUAGCGUAUGUAUAUGUCUAUUAGUCUUAAUUAGCUUAUUUAUGUCUAUUAGUCCUAAUUAGCUUAUUUAUAUGUCAAUUAGUUCUGAUUCACGUAUUUAAUUAACCGAUGUUUCUAUCUUUGUAAAAUCCCCGUUAUCUACAGUAUUUCAUCAAUUAGUCCUAACUGAUAUGAUAGUUAUGUCUUUAGAACACAGUAACCUACAAUAAAUUUAAUUUAACACAUAUAGACUAAUUAAUAGGUAUAAUUUUGCAGAAACUAAACAUCAGUUAGUAUAAUCAAUGUCAAUUGUCAAGACAGCUAUCAGUUUUAACCCUCCUGUUGUAGAAACAACCAAAUUUUGAACCAUCCAUAUGUUUUUAUAUUUCCAUCAAUUAGUUUCAAUUGGAACUCAUAUUUAGAGGACAUACUAAUUGAUAAAAAAAAUUCGCAAAAUUGAUACCAAUUACUUUAAUUACGUCUUGUAGAGUAAUUGCUUCAUUAAGUGUUUUAUGUAAUUCCGAUUAGGUAGUACUAGUUUGCUCAUAUCAGUGAGCCUGAGCGUUUAAUUGGCCCGAUUUCAACCAGCAAAUAUAAUUAAAUUAGUCCUAAUUAGCAUUAAAGUAUAAUAAUUGAUUGUUAUGACGUCCUAAAUUUAAUUUUGCAACUCUAGUUUAUUUAACGCGCGUCAAUUAGUAGUCACGUUUGUAAAUAUCCGAGACUCAAUUAAUAUUCGACAGCUCAAUUAAACUAAUUGGUAAUUACGUGUAAUAAUUGACAGAUUAAAUUCAGUUAGUUUAUUUAACGCGCGGCAAUUAGUAGUAAUGUUUGUAAAUUUUGGAUACUCAAUUAAUAUUUGACAGCUACAUUAAACUAAUUGGAAUUGAGUGCAAUAAUUAAUUUGACAGAUGAUUAAAUUCAAUUAGUUUAUUUAACACGCGACAAUUAGUAGUCACGUUUGUAAAUUUCCGAGACUUAAUAUUCGACAGCUACAACAAAACUAAUUGGUAAUUACGUGCAAUUAGUAGUCACGUUUAUAAAUUUCUGAUACUCAAUUAAUAUUCGACCGCUACAUUAAGCUAAUUGGAAUUGCGUGCAAUAAUUAGUUUAAUUGACAGAUGAUUAAAUUCAAUUAGUUUAUUUAACGCAUGGCAAUUAGUAGUCACGUUUGUAAAUUUCCGAGACUCAAUUAAUAUUCGACAGCUACAUUAAACUAAUUGGUAAUUACGUGCAAUAAUUAGUUUAAUUGACAGACGAUUAUGGUAAAAAUAAAUGCGGUACUUUUGCGCUUUUGUCGAGUUGAUAGAGUUGGAUUGAAAUAGUCUUAGUUUGAAUAGUUGAAAGAAAUUCUGAGUGUUUGGGUAAUAUUGCAUCGAAAUGUUGCAGAACGAUGUUUCCAUAACGUUUCUGUGAUGUUACUGAAUGGUUUUUCUGGACGCCCCUAUCGAGACCGACCGACCACACGAAGCUAGACGAAUUUUUAAUUUCGGGUUUUGAAAAAAAUAGAAAAUAUUUUUUUCGUUUUGGUGUUGAAUUCAGUUUUCUAAAUUUGAGAUUAUUUUGCGAAAUUGACGCACCGAUGUUUUCUUGUUUUCCUUCUUUUUUUUUAAGUAAUUAUUGCUUUUGUUUCGGUUCUGUUGUUUCUUUUAUUUUGUUGUUAAAAAUUUUUGUUUUUUGGAUGAAAUUAAAUUUCUAUUGAUGAUCGGUGUUGUUGCGAUUGAAUCGGUUUUUUUUAUAAUUUUUUGGGAAGAUGAUUAUUUUUUGGAGAGAUUAUUUUAAUCGUCUUUUUUAACUUUUAGAUCUGCCGAUUGACUUUUCAGUUACAUAUAAAAAAAACACACUGUAAAUAUUAUGCAGCCGUACGUUUUGAACGUGCAGACCACUUUUGUUAAUACGUCGAGUAAACUUUCAUCGACCCUCGUAAUAUCGUUUCAGUAUCCUAUUUUUUUAGAUUGUCCCCAUAUCUGGGGAAAAAUAGACAAAUGUGGCAAAAGUGCAAAGCCAGUGACUAGAGAAACAAGAGCAGAAAUCGUUCUGAAACUGUUUUAUAAUAGUGUUUUACGAUUUUGCAUUGUUGCCAAUUUGUCCUUUUUUCUCUAGAUCUAGGGAAAAUCGGUGUAUUCUAACUUAAAUGUGGUCUGCAUUGGUCGAAACGAGCGGCACCUAGACUUUUCCAAAAUUCGGCAGAUCUACCAUCACUGAUGUAUUUUACAGUUGAGUGUUUUUUUUUUGUCUUAUUUUCCGUGUAGUAACGGAAUUUUUUUUGUAUUUAGGUGUUUUUUUUUAUUAGGGCAUUAUAUCCUAGCAUAUUAUAUAGCUCUAUUAAUUUUUUUAUUCAUCGAAUAAACGCUGAUGGAACAUCUUGGUAGUUGGAGAGUGAAAGAGAGAGAGAAAAAAAAAUUAUAGAGUGGUUUCGAUUUUAAGGACACAAGAAGAAAAAUGCGAAAAAAAAAAUUAAAAUAAAAGUUUAAAAAAAACACGUUUGCUGCAGAUAACCUCUCCUUUUUUAGUAGUAAUUUUUAAGUAAAUGGAAAUGGUUACUUUUUAAGUUAUUUAAGAGUUUAUUUGUAUGUAAAUGGCUGAGCAGGAUGUUUUUUUAAAAAAUUACUACGUAUCUAUCUUAUGAAAAUAUAAUAUCGUAUUCGGAUUAAUUUGAUUUAUUAUUUCUAUAUGUAAAUAUAUAGUUUAUUCGUAGAGUACGGGAAUUUGCACAACGUUUUUAAAUAAAUGGAGAUACAAAUCAUCAUAUUGCUAUCUUUAGUUUUCCUGUUCAGUUUUUUUUGUUAUGUAUAUUAUAUAAUAAUCGGACAAGGUUCUCAUCCGUGCCUAACCUCUGGCUUGUUCUAUUAACACCUCGAACGCCGUCAAAGUAACAGUGAAAGUUCACAUUUUGUUCUUGUGCUUAUCAUUUAAAAAUAAUGAAAUGUACAGUGGUACAUCACGGAAUAUAUAAUCUUUAAUAUAUGACAGUAUUUGGAGGUUUUAAUAAAAAAAACUGGGUUAGUUGAAACGCAUUUGUACAGAACAAUGAGAUCCUUCUCUAUUACCCGAUUGAGACAUAAAAAUAAUUACACAAAGUCGAAAAUGAAAAAAAAAAAUCAGCUUAGUUUUAGAAACGUUUCUUGGAAUAACCGGACCUCUAUCGGUCCGCCUCGUAGUUAUUUUAAUCGGAAAAAGAAAAAUAAUGUACGAUAGAAGUUCGCUCGCUUUUUAUUGAUAAAAAUAAUAAAAUUACAGCGAGUAUUUUUUUUAAUGGAUGUUUUUGGAGUACGGUAUUUGUGAUGAUGGUCGGUUUAAGUUCUGCGAAACGCUCUUUUGUUAGGAAUCGGUUAAGGGAGACUGUCGUUUUUGGUAUACAUAUAUUUCCUUAGAAAUCCUUUCUGUUUCUCAUCGAGGUGCUGUAUUGAUUCCCAUAUAUCGAUGUAAGUGUAGUCUCUGUUUUCCUUUGUACUAAAGUCAAAUUGCACAAAAAUGACUUCAAAAUAUACAAAAUUCGUGUAAUAGUAGGAUUUUUUUUUGUAUAAAUGUAUAUUUUCAUUCUGCUUAUUCAAAACAAACUGAAAUGGCCAAUAACAAGAUUAAAAUACAGUUUUAUUUUUAAUAAUCGUAAUUGGAGAUUGACAGCUCAUACAAAUUUUCAAUAUUUAUUUGACAUUCGACAUUGACAAUACGUCAAUAAACAAACAUCUAAUCUUAAAAAAUUAAUAUAGUUGAUAACUGUUAAAUUUGCUGACGUUUUGAAGCAGUGAAUGACAGCCUGUGACAUAAUAGGUUUGUGCCAACAAUAAUCCAUACGUAACCGUUAAAGUCAUGUGUAUUCCAACAAACUUCAAAGCAAAUACCCAAUUGUAAGUCAAAUAUUUUAUUUUGGAUUUCUGAACAACAUACUGUUUCGCGGGCUUACAAGCAAAAGGCAAUAAGUCAAAAAAUAGAUUUUAUGAGUUAUAAGCAAUUUAAAGUUUCGAUAAAUUUCUAAUUUGUUUAUAAAUUAGUUAGGGAUUAUCAACUGCUUCAAAGAAAAUGCACAUGCUUUUGGAAUACAGUGCCCUGUUUUUACAUGAUAAAGAAAAAUAUAAACUCUUUUUGACAAAUUUUUGACUUAGUGCCUUUUGCUUGUAAGCCCGCAGUUUAUUAUUUCGUAGAUCAUUUUGUAUAAAAUGAAAAGGAUUUUUCUUCAGACUAUUCUUUCAAAUCUGAUGAAUUGUCUAGUAGAAAUAUUAUGAUGUGAAAUAAGUUUUUGUAAAAUAUUUUUAAGUAGAAAUGAUAUAGAGGGUAUAUGUAACAUAUAUUUGCCGAAAGUAAUGUUCACAUUGACAGAAAUGCUUUGCUUGCCCAAUAAGUAGGUCGGAGAUUAAUUUCGACUCGACUAUGGAUUUAUUUGUUGGAACAAACCUAAUGUUAUUUAGUUAUCCGAGGAAUCUGAAAAUAGUCACUGAUAUGUAGAAACCGUUUUUAAUGUUUCAUUAAAAUUUCGGCUUUCGAUCAUUGUUAAAAAAACUUGAAUUUGGCCAUUUCCCAUUGUUCGUUCACUGGUCCAUCCUCUUUUUUCAUCUCGAUUUUCCUUUGUAAAUGUACAUUUUCAGUGGCAGUGAACUGUUUACAACAAUCUUAAGUAUAUUUUAGAGUUAUAUGUUCAAAAAAAUAUAAUAAUUUAACGAUUUCGUUGUCCCUUAGACCUUAAAAAGUUGCAUACGUCGAUUGGUAUACGUGGUAUUGCUUUUUUAAAAGUUUUUUGACGACGAUUUUUUUCGAAAAAUCUAAUAUAGUGUGUAUCGAUUGGGGUAUGCACGGUAGUAGCGUAGAAAUAGGUUAUUACUUUACUUUAGUGCCUCUUUACAUUAGAUAGCAUAAUUUUUACAUUUGCCUUACGAUGUAUUUGACGAAAAUAAAAUAACGAGAUUCUCGAAUUUCUGAUAACUAUUGAAAUCGGGUUUCUAUUUUGGAUAUGGCUAAAUGUACAAAUUAACACAACCAAAAAAUAUAAAGAAAAAGAAAAAAACCACGAUAAAAAAAUGUUACUGAUUUUGAGCUAGGGUACUUGCUUCACAUUGAGAAAAUUUUAUAAAAUAUACACGUAAAAAGUAACAGUUUGUUCAUAUCUAGAUAUUAGGUACAUGUUUGUAGUGUGAGACUUCUCUUAUUUGUAAUUAUCAAUAAUAACAAGGAAAAAAUAAAAAAGCAAGUACACUGAA